AUGCAGAACCCUGAAACACAUGAAAAUACAACCUUGCACUUCCAGCCAUCUCUGGAGGAGCAGAAUUAUGGAGCUACUGCAGCACAUGCAAGACACGUUCCGCGCAAGUUAGUGUCAAGGAAGAGUCCAGCAAAGAGAGAUUAUGUGAUAGCUGGUGUGCUAUGCUACGCAAAUUUAAUAAAUUUCAUGGACUGGUUCAUUGUACCAGGCGUCCUGUUAGAUAUACAGAAAUACUUCGAGCUUAGUGAUGGGGAUGCAGGUCUACUGCAAACAGUCUUCAUCUUAUGUUACAUGCUGGCUGCCCCCUUCUUUGGAUACCUCGGUGACCGCCACGAUAGAAAAAUCAUCCUUGGAGCUGGUAUUUUCUUGUGGUCUGGUGUAACAUUAGGCAGUUCAUUCAUCAAUGAAUCGUCUUCCUGGAUAUUCUUUCUUUCACGAGGAUUGGUUGGCAUUGGCAUGGCUAGUUAUUCCACAGUAGCACCCACCAUCAUUGCAGACCUGUUCGAGGAAGAAAAAAGAACCACAAUGUUAUCUGUCUUCUAUAUCUUCAUUCCAGUUGGAAGUGGUCUGGGUUAUGUCCUAGCAUCCGGCAUGGCAGAUGCCACAGGUGACUGGCACUGGGCAUUCAGGAUAACUCCUUGCAUGGGAACUCUAGCACUUGUUCUUCUGAUUCUGGUCGUCCCUCGCAGGACCCAGAGAAGGACAGAAGCACACAGAGCACUGAGCAUCUCUGGUACAAUACGAGUAGCAGCUGAGAAACCAGGUGUACAGAGAACUGGCAAGACAACUUGGUGUGAAGAUGUCAUAUCACUUGGCAGGAAUUGGAGUUUUGUCUGGUCCUCCCUGGGUCUGACUGCCAUGGCCUUCGUUACUGGAGCCCUGGGCCUGUGGGUCCCGCUGUUUCUUUACAGGGCUCAGGUUGUCCAGGGCAUUGUAUCACCGUGCUUCCAGGAAUCUUGCAGUUCUUCCAACAGCCUAAUAUUUGGAGGCAUCACCGUUGGAACAGGAAUCUUGGGUGUCAUUGCUGGGGCAGAAGUUGCAAGAAGAUUAAGGAAGAUUAACAAUAAAGCUGAUCCGCUGAUCUGUGCCGUUAGCAUGUUCAUUUCUGCCCUGUGCCUCUACAUAGCUCUGGUCGUGGCCCAGAUGAAUAUACUUUUCACUUUUAUUUUUAUUGCAUUUGGAGAACUGUUUUUAUCUGUAAACUGGGCUGUUGUGACCGACAUACUGUUGUAUGUUGUGACACCAAAACGGCAGUCUACAGCUAUAGCCGUGCAGAUUUUGGUGAGCCAUUUGCUGGGAGAUGCAGGCAGCCCAUAUCUGAUUGGGAUUAUCUCUAACGCUAUUCAGGCCAACAAUGCUGACUCAUUCCAGUGGAGUUUCUGGAGCCUGCAGUACAGCUUCAUCAUGUGCGUGUUUGUUGGUGUCUUUGGAGGAAGUUUUUUCCUCCUAACAUCUUUCUACAUUGAGGAAGAUCGUAAGGAAGCAGCGCAGCUUUGAGGUACCAGGAAUGAAGGCUGUCUUUCAAAGAAAGAUGAACUCCGGGGCAAGAUACGUGAAGAAGAAAAGAACCUCCUCCUCUUUUUCUUUCCUUUUGCUUAAUGAGAUACAGUUAGAGAAAAGGCCAAAUAACA